CUUUGUCACUCUGACCACUGAUAUCAAGUAAGCAAGUGAAAUGUGGUCACCACCAAAUACGUCCACUUGUCCUCCCGCAACACCCAUCUUACCCGUCAUCUUGGCCGUUUUGAUCUUGGUCGGAACGGUGAUUUCUUAUCUUCCUCAGCAUCUACGAAUCAUCCGAUCCGGUACUUCAGAAGGUUUCUCACCCUGGUUCCUCCUUCUAGGAUCAACAGCAGGGACAAGUACACUUUUCAACGUUUUAAUUUUACAAUGGCCUUUAUUUCGAUGUUGUCGAGUUGUUAGCCCUGGGAGAUGUUUCAGUUAUUUGACGGCGUUUUUUCAAGUGGUCAUGCUUUGGUUUCUCUUCAUCCUAAUACUCAUCCUUUACAUAAUAUACUUUCCUCAUCAUCUCAAAUAUCAACGUGUGGUACAUCUCUCUUCCCCUCGUUCGGCCUACGGAACUCUUACCGAGGAAGAAGAUGAAGCGUCUUCCAUACCGGACCAUCCCUUGAACGAUGACGGGACUCAUGGGGCGAUCUCAGGAUCAAAGGGUAAACUCGAGACGACAUCAGAAUGGAGAACUGGAGUGAUUGUAUCGGUCGUAGUUUUUAUACAUUUUCUUUUAUUCCUGUUCCUUUCUCUGACCCUCCUCAUAGCUCUUCCCCCUACACCACCACAUCCCCUCGUCCGACACCUAGCCGCUUUCCUAGGUCUCUCCUCGGCUUUAUUAACAGCAUUCGAAUUCACACCUCAGCUAUACAAAACCUACCGUGCAAAAUUGGUAGGUGCUCUGAGUAUAUCGACCAUGAUGAUCCAAGUUCCCGGAUCUAUGGUUUUAGUUUUGAGUUUGAUUUUGAGUCCAGGGACUGAAUGGUCCACUUGGUUGGUUUACGUCGUUGGGUUAUGUAUGCAAGCUUGUUUGUUGAUAAUGUGUUUGAUUUGGAAACGUCGUCAAAGUCGAUUAGGUAUAAACGACUUUGGUGUGAUUUUAGAUUCUCCUCCAGAGGUAGAAGGUGAAGAAACGGCUUUGAUACGAUGAUAACAAAUUCUUUCUCUUUACUUCAUUCCGGAGUCGAAAUGCAGUAUCUCCCAAGACGAUAUACGACAGCAAGCAUGUUUCAUGAACCUUUUAUUUGUUGUAUUUCUCCACAUGCAUGAAACUAUGAUCG